UGCCAGGAUGGUCACACGGGAAGGGGAGUGAGGAACCUCGACAGAAAGAUCAUUCCAAAUAAUCUGAAAUGCAGACUUAAAAAUGUGCGAUGUGGAUUGAGAAAUCGCAAAUGUUAUGUGCGUUCGUGAGUGGAUCGUUCAGGUCUAUGAUCUGGCAAUAUAACUGCAAAAUAAGACAAGUCCUUACGGAAAAGUGUUUUUGACAGAUUACCACCUCAUCAAACGAUUUGUUUACCAAAUCUCGAGCCAUCUCUGCCUCCUGUUAUUUUUGACAACUUAGGCAAUGUAUACCUGCCUUUAACCUGAAAGCAUGGACACCUCACAGUCAGCAGGGAUGUCUGAAGAAGAUAGAAAAAAGAUAGAAGAAAUUGGCAAGAUGACUGCCCUUUCCCAGGAGGAGAUAUUCUGUAAUACCAAGACCAUUAUUCAGGGCCUUGACACACUGAAGAAUGAGCACCAUCAGAUACUCAAUGGGCUUCUUUCCUCCAUGAAGACCAUCAAACGGGAGAAUGGAGAUACCAAUCUAAUGGAGGAGAAGACAAACAGACUGAAGAAGUCACUGGAAACAAUAGAACUGGGGCUUAGUGAAGCUCAGGUAAUGAUGGCACUUUCUAAUCAUUUACAACAUGUGGAAGCAGAAAAACAAAAACUCCGAGCACAAGUAAGAAGGCUGUGCCAGGAAAACGCUUGGCUUAGAGACGAACUAGCAAACACUCAGCAAAAACUACAAAUGAGUGAACAGAAAGUAGCCACAAUAGAAGAGGAGAAGAAACAUUUGGAAUUCAUGAAUGAAAUGAAAAAAUAUGAUUCAUCUGAUCCCCAGCAAACUAGUGUGUCUUUACCACGCUCAGCUGGAGGGGUUGGCUCAGUGCACCAAUCAACAGAAGAAAAAGAACAGGACCAGUCCACACAGUCACUAGAACUUGGCUUUCCUGAUGAUGAUGAAGAUUCCCCUCAACCUGAAGUUCUUUCCCCCUCCCAACCCAGUGCAAUGGCUCAGGCCGCCAGUGGGGGUUAUGAAAUCCCCGCACGGUUACGCACUCUCCAUAAUCUAGUCAUACAGUAUGCGUCCCAAGGCCGAUAUGAGGUGGCAGUGCCGCUCUGUAAACAGGCCCUUGAAGACUUGGAAAAGACCAGUGGCCACGAUCAUCCAGAUGUAGCCACAAUGUUAAAUAUACUAGCACUUGUAUACAGAGACCAAGGAAAAUACAAAGAGGCGGCAAACCUACUGAAUGAUGCCUUAGGCAUUCGAGAGAAAACCCUGGGAUAUGACCACCCUGCAGUAGCAGCCACAUUGAACAACUUAGCUGUAUUAUAUGGAAAACGAGGCAAAUACAAAGAGGCGGAACCCCUGUGUAAAAGGGCACUGGAAAUUAGGGAAAAGGUACUUGGAAAAGACCAUCCAGAUGUAGCCAAGCAACUUAAUAACUUAGCUCUACUGUGUCAAAAUCAGGGCAAAUAUGAAGAGGUGGAACACUAUUAUAGAAGAGCAUUAGAUAUAUAUCUGAAACGCCUUGGUACAGAUGAUCCCAAUGUAGCCAAAACCAAAAAUAAUCUGGCAUCGGCAUACUUAAAACAAGGAAAAUACAAACAGGCCGAAGCUUUAUAUAAGGAGGUCCUCACCAGAGCACAUGAAAAAGAGUUUGGUAAAGUUGAUGGAGAGAACAAACCUAUCUGGAUGCAGGCAGAGGAGAGAGAGGAAAAUAAGGUGAAAAAGGGUAAAUACAAAGAUGGAACCCCUAUGCCUGAGUACGGAGGUUGGCACAAAGCUGCCAAAGUAGACAGCCCCACGGUGACGACUACCCUGAAGAAUCUUGGUGCGCUCUAUAGGAGGCAGGGAAAGUACGAGGCCGCUGAGACACUAGAGGAGUGUGCCAUGAGGUCCAAGAGAAAUGCUCUGGAUGUAGUUAAACAGACCAAAAUUGCCGAAGUUCUAGGCAGUGACUAUAAGGAACACCCACCAAACAAUCAGGUCCAGGGGUAUAGACGUCGCUCUAACAGCAGGGACCGAAUUCCCCGUCGGGACCCCGUGGAUAGCAUUGAUAAUGGUGAUGGUGAAGAUGGGAAAUUAAAGCGCAGUGGCUCAUUUUCCAAACUGAGAGCUUCCAUAAGACGAAGCAGUGCUAAAUUGGUGCAGAAAUUGAAAGGAAAAGGUCCAGGGGAAGAAAAUUCCGGCAGUUGGUAUGACACACCCAUACCCCAUUACUGGAAUUCGUCCGGGUCAAGUAUGAAAAGGGCAAGCUCCUUGUCGGUUCUCAACAACUUAAACAGUAGCAGGGAUGAUAAACUGAGUGAAAGUCGGCGAUCCUAUGGUGACUUAAGUACGCGUGGACGGACAGCCAGCUCAGACCAGCUGACGAGUCGACCCUUUUGAUGUUAAUCGUGAUUAAAUAACACUUAAAAACAAUGUACAGUGCAUCCUCCAUCUCAUCAUUGUCAGCAAACGUGUCAUCCUCAUCGCACACACUGGUCUCGUUGGCUUCAAGGCUUAUUGGUUUUGUCGCCGUCGCAGUUGUCUUCUCUUGCCGUGCUGUUUGUACUACUCUUGUGACAUCUGUACACAGGCUUUUACAAUGUAUAUCUUCCUUACAUUGUAUAGAACACAGUUCAGUGUUAAACAUUGUAUUACAAUAGUGAUACAACGUCUGUAGAAAGAAUACAGUAUGAAACAUGUAUUUAUUAUAGCACAUUUUAACAUCUAUCAUACUGACCACGGUAAAAUUGAUACUUAGUACUACAUGUAGCAAAAAUUGAUACUUUGUUCUACAGUGUUGGUGCAUCUCUAUAACACUUUGUUUUCUCUAGUAUUAUAUAUACUCGUUUCUUAAAUCACAAUAAACAAUUAUAUAACUGUAUAUCAGGGUAUUAUAACUAAUCUGGUAAUACUGGUAUAUUACUGUCUGCAUUAGGUUGUCUUUUACUUGUGCAUGGAUGACAAAUAUAAUGUUUAUUGUGUUGAGGUCAGACAGACAGAUACACAUGCACUUGUAGACACCCAGAAAUGCUGUACUGGGCUAUAAUAGUGUGUUAACAAAAAACUAAGAAAUUACAUUCCGAACAAUGAUAUAUAACUAUGGUAUACAUAAUCAAGGUUUACCCAAAGAAAGAUUGAAUCCAUUUUAAAAUUUAUUCAGUGUGGGGUGGUUAAAAAGAAAGUUAUUUAUUCUUUUUGAAUUUAUUUCAUUUAACUUUGAUUUUAGUAAAUUUUAUUUAAAGCCAUCUUGUUGAACUUGAGUACGUAGGUAUCACAUAAUGGUGAAAUUAUUUUAAAAUUUUCACCAAAUAGCACAGUGACCUUUCCUCAGUACCAACAUGAAGCUGUCCUGACUCAGAAACUUGUAUUAGUAAUUUUGUUUCUUUUUAAUUAAUGAAUUGAUUAUGAUUGGUUCACUGGUGUGAGGGAAUAAAUACUUGCAUGCCUUAAACAUUAUGUUGUGUGCAAUAAAAUAUAAAUGCGGAUAUUUUGAGUGAAAAAGAAGUUUGAACAAACCACGUUGUAAUACAGCUCCUCCAGUAAUCACCUGUGAAUUAAACUUUUAAGAGAAAUAUACUAAUAAACCAAACUGAUAGUAUUUAAUUUGAUUUAGAGUUUUAACAAUGAACAUGUUGUGGUCUGAGUCAGGACACAGGUGAAAUGUGGAGGCUCGGUCACUGGGCACCUAAAAAACAGAGUUCUUUUGUUGAAAUUAUGAAAGACACUGCAGGAAAUUUACCAAGUGCUUAUUAGAUAUGUAUGUAUCUCGUUAGUGUUGCCACACUCAGACAGUGUGUUCUACAGUAGAUUUGUGAUGACUGAUGCUUUAAUUCAUCUUUACGUUAGUGCAAUACAAGUGUGACAUUAACAGCCCGUGGCUGUUUCAUCUGUAGUAAAUCUGGACCAGUCGGUCAGGGAUGAGUUAGGACUCCCAUAGUAACACACUCGUAGGCCUCUAACUAGGCUGUCUCGUCCACCAGUCUCCAGACAAGUACCAACAACUUGUGUAGAAGUCAUGAGAUGUAUGGUAUCAAUUCAGUACUUUGUUAUCGUUGAUGUAUUCAGUAUGACUUCCACCACAAAUCAAGGUUAUUGAUGAAAUGUAAUUCCUGUAACAGUAUGAGGAAAUGUUGAUCCUUAUUAUACUUGACAUUUUGUAUGGCUUUUUGAAAGAUUAUGACAGGAUUUGUUUUGUUAUUUAUAUUUAAAGGCUGCUUCGAGUAGAUUAUUCUUCAGGAAUUGGUAUUUGUUUGUCUUUAUAAAGGCUGUUAUCAUAUGUCACUUCAUCAUCUACCUAGAUUAUCUUAAUCACUUGAUCAGUGAAAAGCUCCCUGGUCCUUUACUUCAAAACUAUGUGUAUUCCUUAAAACAGGCAGGUUUGGAGACACUGAUGAGUAUUAUGAUUACAUGAAAGUAUGUCAUGUUAGUUUUACCAGAAAUGAUUUUAUCAGGAUUUUAAAAUUGUUGUUUAACUGUGAUGAGCCUAAUCACCUUGAACAACUGGGUGCUGGAGAUAACUUAAAAAUCUUACCCUUGGAUUCCAACCUAGAUCCACUUUGGUCACCUCACUCUUCAUUUUUCAUUUUUCAUUGAUACUUAAAAUACAUGGAAGAACAAAAAGGUUUUUUUUUUUUUUGUUGGGGAGGGGCGGGAGGGGGAUUUGUUGUUUUGUUGUCAUGGUGACUUGGAGGGAACUUUUUCUUGCAGUGUGAUACUUACUGUUUGAAGAUGAAUGAAUUAUAUAGAAGAUUCUUUAAUUAAAAUUAAAUAUGCCCAUGACAUGAUUAUUUAAACAGAAGUCUGUAUAGGUAAACAUAGAAGAUGGUUUACUAUCCUCUGAAUCUUCUCAUUAGUCUAAAUGUUCAUUGCUCUUAAGAUUCUAAUAUUCACAGGAUCAGUUUUCAUGUUCAAUAUUGCAAUAUAUGGAUUGGAAGGCUAUGUUAAACUUGGAGGUUUUGAAUGCAUGCGAUAAAAUAUACCAAUCUGAGACGGUAAGGUAGAAGUUGUCUGCCCUUGUUGCAUAGCUAUACAGUAGAAUGUAUUAAUGAGACGUAUAAAGGGUCACAACUCUAUUCAUUAUGAUGCGGUAGUUCACGCUCAGGCUUAAGAUUAGUUGUAAGUGCGAGUGUCUGAUCACAAAGAAUGUAUGAGUGGGUGGAAUUAUAUACAAUUUAAUGCAAAUAUUAUAAUCUUUGUGUAUGUUUUGUUAUGGAAGUUGUAACAUAAAAUGCUGGUGAUUUUUGUCAUUGUGAUAAUUAUAGUAUUCCUUUUCAAGGAAAGAACAAAUAGAAACUGAAUUCCUUGAUGAAGAGAAAAUGUUGAUCAUUGCUUUGGUGUCUUGUUAUUUUGUGCAGUAUAAUCUAAAUGAUGUGCUUUGGAAAUCUGAAGCUGUUGUAAGAGCUUCAAAAUAAAACCUGUAGUGUGUAUCUCACCUCGCCUUUUUUCAUUAUUUUGUUGUGGGGUUUACCUUAAUCCUAAUUAAUGAUGUUUAGUUUUGAUCUCAUCUUUUAAAUUAUACCUUGGUUUUAUCAAUAUUUUGUACUACACCUAAACUGGGGCUCGUAAGCAUUGAAAGAAGUUAAAAUUCACACUACUAAAAAAACAGUUUAUUUUCUGUUGGUCAACACAUAUUGUCGGGUUUCUUAGUAGUCCUAGAGAUACGAUUCAAAGUUAAAGGUACAGCUAUAUAUGUUGGACGUAAUUUGACAACCAUACAAUGUUUGUAUAUAGUUUUACACUGCAUCUAAUGCAAUAUAUAUGUGUAGCCUUUACGAGGUGGUAAUGUAUGCAAUAUCACAUAUCUAUGAUAAACCUGUAGGUUCUAAUCCCAUCUAAACAUACCAAUAUAUAUCAGACUAAGUAAAACAUUUAUAUUGGUACCAAUUAAAUUCACAUAAAAGAAAUAUGCAUGUAGUUAAACUAUGAUAUUUAAAAGAGGGAAAACAAAAAUGGCAUACAUUGACACUGUUUGUCGAGUGUUCAUCAGUUGUGAAUAGAACCGGCUGCUACACUGCAUGUUCACUGAUCUAGCUUCCCACAGUGUUUUUUAAUUCUUAUUAUGAUAACCGAUUUGAUUGGUUGUAUGCUUGUAAAUACUACCACCAUUUGAAUGGGUUGCUAUUUUUGUUGAUGGUAUGAUUGAGUUGUUUGUAAGUUUCAGUUGCCGGCUUUCUACCUCUGUGUAUUAAUGAAUGGAAUACAAACAAUUCUAGCCAGUCUUUUUUGUCACCAACUGCCAAUCAUAGCUGUGUGUAUGGUUGAAUGGAAAACACACAAUUCCAUGAUUAAUUUAUUAAACUACAUUUGGUCAUA